AGCGUUGGCCGUGUGAAAAGUGGAAAUAUAUAUAGCUUUUCCCGUCUUCCGUUGGCGGCUUCAGUUUCGGCAUCUGUUAUUGCCUUCGGGGCGCGUGUGCUUGGAAAAUAUGAUAUGAAACAAGUCCGGAAAUAGAUCGGAAAAGCAACCCGAAACUCAAGUAAAAUGUCAGCAACCCUAGUACAAAAGUUGACACCAGAAACUCCACUCAAUUCGCAGGCCCAGCCACAGCAGCAAGUAAGCCGGAAGGCAGAGCAGACACCUGAGGUGGAAGUGGGACAUCUGGCGACGAUAUCGCUGCUGCUGCAAUACGACAUAGACAACACGCUGAAUGCGUUCAAGGAGCACCGCAGGAUGACGCUGGAGGGCAGAGGAAUGGCAGCAGCAGCGGGUUCUCUGUCAGUCAACAACAACCAAGAAAAAGACCUAAACCUGAACCUGAACAUGACUGCGGCUGGGCAGAGGGACUGCUCCGAGCUGGAGGUCGGGCAAAUCGGACUCUGCCCCCCAGCUGUGAUGCCGCCCACUCCGCCAGCCACGCCCAAUAUGCAGAGCACGGCCCAGAAGCGCUGGAAGAUACUGGCGAAGGUGCUGCGCAAGGACUCCGAGGAGACUGUCUCCUCCUCCAGCGACGAGUUCAGCGAGGAGCAGACGGCAUCGGUGCGGCGCUUCAAGAGCUUCGAUCUGCUGCGGCAGGACAGCUUCGAGGAUCACGUGAGCCUCAAGUGCCUGGGCAAGACGGAGAACUGGUACAAGUACCGCAUGCUGCUGGACAACGACGUGGAGUACUCGGUGAACAUCCACCACAUGGAGCGACAGCUGACCGCCAGCGAUCUCAUGGGCUUCAACAACACGGGCAACAUCUGUGUGUGGCCCUCGGAGGAGGCCCUCACGGCCCUGGUGCUCUCCGAGGUGGAGGCGUAUCGGGGCAAGUGGAUUCUGGAGCUGGGCGGCGGCUUCACCUCCCUGGCCGGCCUCAUGCUGGCCAAGUACGCCAAGCCCUAUGCCGUGCACCUCACCGACGGCAACGAGAUCUCGGUGGAGAAUGUGCGGAAGACGGUCUGCCUGAACGAGCUGAGCUGCUACACCAAAUGCUCGGUGCUCAAGUGGCAGGAGAGCUCGGCUCGUGCUCAGGCGGAGCAGGCCAAGUUCGACUUCAUUCUGUGCGCCGACUGUCUGUUCUUCGACGAGGCACGGUCAGCGCUGGUGGACACCAUCUGGUAUUAUUUGGCGCCCCAGGGCAUGGCCCUGAUCAUGGCCCCGAGUCGCGGUCGCACACUCAGCGUGUUCCAGGCGGAGUGCACUGCCCGCGGGUUCACGGUGGAGUUGGCCACGCGCUACAACGAGACCAUCUGGCAGCGACACCUCCAGCUCAAGGCCGACUCCGACCUGUACGACGAGGAUCUGCACUAUCCGCAGCUGCUGCGACUGUGCAAGACGCACAGCUAGAGUAUCGGAAUCGGUCCGGACACGGGACCCGAUAGGUGCAAUUCAAUUUAGUCAAUGUUUUAGUUGAUGGCAAAGCAAAUUCCAGUUUACACCUUAAACACAAAAUGGGGCCGAAGCAAACGAAAUUCGCUCCCCAAGAUAUAGCAAAAUGCAUUAGGCUGGUCCCUGUUAUCGCCCAGAAAGAAAGAGCAAAAAUUCCACCAAACAACUUUUGAUUUAAUUUUGUUAGAAAAAUGUAUUCCAUGCCCAUUCCCCCGGCUGCCACGAAGGGCACACAAAAGAGAAGUUGCUCUACAAAUUAUUAUUAUUAUUAUUCGCACUUAUUAAAAUGUCUUUGAUGUGGCCCCAAGUGUGUGCAAAUGCCAUGCAGUAUUGUCCUCUGCUCUCCCUUUUCUGCACGAAAUUAGUUUUGAAGUUGCCAGAAACCCAAGCUAAAUAAAUCCACAUAAAUCCGUUUUAGGAGCUCCACAAUAUUGCUUAAGUGAAAACUUAUUAUUUGAGUUACUUAUUACGAGUUAUUUUUAGUGGCCCAUUGGGGAUCAGCGCCUGUUGAGGACCAGCCUAAUGGUCACCCCCUAGCAUGUAGUUCUCUGUUAAGUUAUGCCAGAAAAGAUUCCUUUGUUACUACCACACACACACACACACACACACACACACACACAAGUAUUAUUUAAUUAUAAUGUAAUGAAUAUUAUAUGUAUGAAGUUUUGGGGCUGCUUUCGGGGACCUGAAAGAGAUCAAAGAGAAACGAGAAAGUAAACUGCGAACAUCCCCGAAACCGAAUACGAAACGUGGCCAGCGCUCGACCAAUUAACUAAUAGUUAACUUAACUAGUGUAUUGUAAUUAUAAUAGAGCAUGUGUUAAUGGUUAUAUGAUGAUGAGAUAAAUACAGUAUCGAAAUGACACACACAA